UUAUCAUGUUAGGUUGUCUUUUGUGUAUACAGAAGAUGGAUACAGUAUUCAAAGUGUCUACUUUGGAAAUGUGUUUUAUUUCGGGAAAUAUAUCCUUGUGCUUGGCCAAGUGAGAUUAUGUGAUGACAAAGUUGAAUAUAAGGUGGAAUAGCAUUAAAGAGAAUAUAGCAUUGCUAGAAGAUACACUUGGUACAUGUACAGCAAUAGAAGUGCCCGGUGUUAUUUAUAAGUUUGGACUAACAUGUGCAAAGGAUAAAGUUCAUGAAGAAUUAUUUGCUGUUACUGUGUAAUUCAAUGGCAACUGAAAAAUAUUUUUGGACAGUAUGAGACAAAUUUUUGGACCCGGUGACCAGAUUGUGCAAUACAGGGGCAACUUUGCAAAAUUUGAAGCAAAAAUAAAGAUCAACUGAGUAAUGAAGGAACUGUGGAGUAAUUGCAGUCCUUGAAGAAUGAGAGUCUUGCAAACAGACACUGCUUCAGGACUAGUCUUCCCGGACAGAAGCCUAUAGUCCUCCAGGUGAAAGUUCAGAGAGACGGAUACUUUACCACCUUCUGUUCUGACUCCAAACAUCUUAGCUCGAUGCAUCAUUCCAGUAAUAUGUUCAAUUACAUGAGACAAGAUGGCCCAUGAAUUUCUUUCUUCACACAAGGAGAUUUUCAAGAUGGUGGCCACUUACAUCUGCAGUGGUAACAUCAAUGGGAAGGGAAUGACAGAGCGCAUCCACAGUAUCAACCUUCACAACUUCAGCAACUCUGUGCUUGAAACACUGAAUGAGCAGCGAAACCGGGGACAUUUCUGCGAUGUGACCGUCCGAAUCCAUGGAAGCAUGCUUAGAGCUCAUCGCUGUGUAUUGGCCGCUGGCAGUCCCUUCUUCCAAGACAAGCUGCUUUUGGGAUACAGUGACAUUGAGAUUCCAUCUGUGGUCUCAGUGCAGUCUGUUCAGAAGUUGAUUGAUUUCAUGUACAGCGGGGUGCUCCGGGUGUCCCAGAGUGAGGCCUUACAAAUCCUUACUGCAGCCAGCAUAUUGCAGAUCAAAACCGUCAUUGACGAAUGCACUCGUAUUGUCUCUCAAACAGUUGCAAGCAGCGGUUACCCUACAACGAGGGACUCGAACCAAGUAACACCACGAGGAACACCAGAAUCUGGUUCGUCAGGGCAGAGCAGUGAUACUGAAUCUGGGUAUGUACAAGCUCACUCCCAGCGUAAUGUUGAAAGAAUCUAUUCCUCUCUUUAUGCCUGCUCUGGAAUGCCGGUACAAAAUGGCACUGGAGAGAGAUCACUCUACGGUGCACCAGUGGUCAGCCAUCACAGCACACAACUGGUCCUGCAGAGGGAAGAGAAUGUAACUGAUCCAGCAUGGAUAACCAGAAUCCAAGAGCGGACACAGCAGAUGGAGAGAUAUCUUUCCACCCCAGAAACCACACACUGUCGCAAGCAACCGCGGCCAGUUCGCAUCCAGACCAUUGUGGGCAAUGUUCAUAUCAAACAGGAGACCGAAGAUGAAUAUGAUUAUGAUUAUUACGGAAAACAGAAAAGGAACACUUCAGAGCAAAAUGAAUCCGAAGAGUGCAAUGAAGACACUGACCAGGCUGAAGGUACUGAGAGUGAACCAAAAGGAGAAAGUUUUGACUCUGGUGUUAGCUCUUCCAAUGGGACUGAAACUGAUCCAAUAGACCAACAGUUCAUUGCUGGCAUAAGCAGAGGAGGACAGUCAGAUUUCAGACCAGCUGAGCAGAAUGAGCUUCCCGCUGAAGACAGCCAACAGCUCAGCAAUGUGAAUCCUCCUUCUCCAGAAAGGACUUACACUACGGAAAUGGAUACCACAGGCCCUCAAAACAGUGAUGGAAACAUUGCAAGUGAAAAAGAAUUGCAGCAAGCUCCAAUGAGCUCUGUGAUUUCAGUCUCUCAAAACAAUCAAUCACAGGCAACAACUCAGCUUUAUCUGAGGCAAUCAGAUACCCAAGCCACCAACGUGAGAAUGCCACUGACCUUAACUAGCACUACUCCUGUCAUUGGCACUGCUGGGAGUACGUAUAUACCCACACUUUUCACCACUCAGAACACUACCAGUGGCAAGCUGUUUCAGUUCACGUUGCCACAACCACUCUCAAGCCAACAGACACAAUUUAUAACAGUUCCGCAACCCAAUGUUACAACCUUUACCACACAGUUGCACCCACAACAAUCUCAGUCAACAAUGCAGAGUACAAGUGGACAGACUGAAAAAAAGCCCUAUGAAUGCACUCUUUGUAAUAAAACAUUCACUGCAAAGCAGAACUAUGUGAAACAUAUGUUUGUCCAUACAGGGGAGAAGCCACAUCAGUGCAGCAUUUGUUGGCGAUCAUUUUCUCUGAAGGAUUAUCUGAUUAAACACAUGGUGACACACACUGGUGUGAGAGCCUAUCAGUGUAGUAUCUGCAACAAGCGUUUCACCCAAAAGAGCUCCCUCAAUGUCCACAUGCGGCUUCACCGUGGUGAGAAGUCCUAUGAGUGCUACGUCUGCAAAAAGAAAUUCUCCCACAAGACCCUACUGGAGAGGCACAUGGCACUCCAUGGCACUGGCUGCUCUGAGGUGACUACAUAUGUCUGUUCUGUUUGCCCAGCCAAGUUCGACCAAAUCGAACAAUUCAAUGAUCAUAUGAGAAUGCACGUUUCUGAUGGUUAAGAAACUUCUUUGAGAACAAAUUUGGAAUUAAUUUUAAAAAAUAACACAUUUUUAAAACAAAAAAGCGCUGGCAUAUUAUUAUCAGCAGCAAGAUGUUCAAGAAUUCUUCAGGAUGGUGGCCUUAAUGCCUGUUAUUGUGUGUGCUCCACUGGCUGGAUGACCACUACAGGCCUCAAGAUUUUUUUCCUCUCAUUCAGCUCUUGUUUAUUGCUAGCGUGUUGAACACUACAAAGGCCUACUAUCUCUACAGAUCUAAUCCAGUGUUGCAUUAUCUAAGGUGGAAUUUUCUUUGAGAUCAUUACACAGCAUGAAAUCCGGUAAACUGUGGUAUGCAACAUCUUUUCAAGUACAAUACUUGGUAUGUAUUGACAUUUCUGUGUUUUGAUGGUCACAAAAUUUGCCUUUUACCGAAGAUGACGUUGUAUGUAUAGUGGUUGUAAUGACACUGGCAGUUAUUUAUUAUUUACCUGCUGUGGACAGGUCACUUACACAGAUGGGUUUCAUUUUGAAAAUUAAAAGGUUUAAUAUAUAAUGCAGCAUCCGUGCAACUGCAGUUAGGUACAAGAAUUUAUUUCACAAAUGUGCAAACAACUCGAUGUUAUUUCAAUGAGAAAAAGCGCAGUGAGGUUUUUUUUCUAAUUGCAGAUGGUUCCAGUAAAAGUUUACUACAUGGAUGUGCAUUUUUUUUUACAACAGUAUUUGAGCAGAGGCGAGGCUUUUUGGAACUUUUGCAUACACUGCCACUAAUAUUCAGAAGACUGUUAAGGUUGUAAGAUGAGCUGAAUUGAAGGAAGUUUUUUUUUCCCCACAAUGUGUGGUUGAUAACAUUCAAAAUUAACACAUAAUCAAUGUGGUCUGUUUGACAUGCUGUCAUUUUGAUUGCUGCUCCUGUUUUGUCUCUUAUUUUAUCUUCAGACUGUCAAUGAUGAUUAUUCCGAUCAAUUAUUAAAAUAUUUUGAUUAAUUUGCUGUUGCCAUAGGCAUAAUUAGAGUUUCAUGGUGCACCUUUUACAUUGCACCUACAUCAGUCAGUCAGUCAUUAUAAUGAAUAGGAAAUUGAGAAUGGCUUCGUUUGCGCAGUGUGAACAAAGUUUGAGGGAAGUGUGUCUUGAUCAGAUGAACUAUUUCUUCUGAUACCUUGUUCAACUCCCUUGCCCUUAAACUUAGAAUAAAGACACUGCAAGGAAGCAAUACAGUUUAAAAGUUUUGUGUGUCUUUGCAAAACUAAUUAAAAAUACUUGAAACUCUUCAUGUGUGCACAAUUUUAGCUGGAAGUAAACAUUAUAUUGCAGAUAUUAGCUUUGAAGUCAUUCCCAUGUGAAUGACAUUUUAUAGAGCCCAUUGACCAAGAUGUACACCAUGAGCUUAUUUCAUUUUUAAAUCCUGUGGUUCACCAAGCCUCAUGUGAUCUAUAGGGUCUAUUUCUUUUAGGAUAUUUUGGAAUCAUAAUUGUAAGCAAUUCACAUUUAUAUCCAUCUGAUCACAGAUUUUUCAUUAUUUUGACUAAAGAUGAGCAUUUUUUUUAUAUAAAAAAGACUCUCUGAAUUGUGCAUCUUCUUUGAACCAGUCUGUUAUUUGAUUCCAGUAUGUUAGACUAGUAUGUACUGCAGUAGUGUUAUCUGCUGAUUCUUAUCUGUGGGUACAGACUGAGUACCUCAUUUGCACAGUGCAAUUGCUUAUCAUCAUACUAACUGGCUCUGAAACUCUAUCCUGCUCCCUAUAAACUUCAGUGUUACAGAUCUAAUUUGAUGUCUGUAGUACAGUCUGAUUAAUAAAUA